CAUAUCACUACAUACUAGUCCCGUCCAGAGAUCCGCUGCCCCAUCACAAACUUUCCAUAUAAUGCGCCGGCAAUCCAGCAACUCCAACAGUUCGCUGGAAAUUUCAUUUCAGCUCAGUCAUCAGCUUCCGCCAGACAAUGAGACAAUUCCUGAUUUUUGUGGCCCUGUGCGCCGUGUGCACUGCGGCUCCAGCUCCGGCUGAUAUUAAAGAAGCCGAACUGGCUCGUCCCAGCCCUAUUAAUCCGGCUGUUUUAAGUGAUCCAAAGCCUGCCGAGAGGGUUGUGGUGCUGGGUGAGCCCGAGGUCAAGCAUCGUCAGAAGCGUGAUGAAGCUGCUCCAGCCAAGCCGCAUUCUACCCAGGCUCACGAUCUCCUGCAGCACAAUCCUCACAGUGACCAGUCAGAGAAACCAUCUGGACACGAGGACAUUCAGCACGAAUCCACAAAACCGAAGCGCGAGUCGCAAUCAAAGCCAGCUGGACAUGAGGCUGAGCAGCAUGAUUCUCAUGCCCACGGUCAUGAUUCUCCAAUAAGCGAUUUGACACACGCUGCUACACAACACGAAACCAAGAAGUUGAAGCGCGAUUCACCAGCAAGGCCAGCUGCACAUGAGGCUGAGGAGCACGAUGCUCAUGCCCACAAUCAUGAUGCCGCACCAGCCGGAGUUUUGGGACACGAGCGCGUACAGCACGAAUCCACAAAACCGAAGCGCGAGUCACCACCAAAGCCAGCUGGACAUGAGCACGAUGCUCACCAUGAUGCCGCACCAACCGGCGUUUUGGGACACGACCGCGUACAGCACGAAUCUGGAAAACCGAAGCGCGAGUCACCCCCAAAGCCAGCUGGACAUGAGCACGAUGCUCACCAUGAUGCCGCACCAACCGGCGUUUUGGGACACGAGCGCAUACAGCACGGAUCUGAAAAACCGAAGCGCGAGUCACCCCCAAAGCCAGCUGGACAUGAGCACGAUGCUCACCAUGAUGCCGCACCAACUGGCAUUUUGGGACACGAGCGCAUACAGCACGGAUCUGAAAAACCGAAGCGCGAGUCUCCACCAAAGCCAGCUGGACAUGAGGCUGAGCACCACGAUGCUCAUGCCCACACUCAUGAUGGCCCAGCCAAACCCCAGAUCCUUCCUAUAUCCGCUGGACCGCAUGAUGGCCAUUCGCGUCAUCAGCGCGACAUUCCUGUGCCCACAGAAAUUAAGACCACAUCCGCCCCAAUCGAGCAAAAGGAAAGGCCCCAAGUUGAGGAUUUGAAUGACCAUGUGCCGGCUGCUAUCAGCAGCACCCCUCACAGUCCACUGCGUCAUCAUCCAGUGCCUGUUUCGGAGCUUUUCAACAAGCCCAAGACAACCGUCUAGGUCUAAAGAGGGCAAGGAGAGCAAGGAAGCCAAGGCCCAAGUCACGACCUCAACUUUCCUGUUAAUUGCUUCAGCAUGUUAUGAGGAAGAAAACAAACCGAAGUCAAAAAAUAAAUAAAAAUUUACAAUACGAACACACUCACAAAA